UCGGAUUUGUCAGGGUAGGGAGUGGAGCGCAGCCGGUGCGUACUGUGUCCCGGGGCCCUGUUUACUUAAUGGUGCCUGCCAAUAAAGGUCUUUUUUAGAUGGGAGUGCGGCGCGGCUGCUCAGUACUCAUGAGGAAGCGCUGCUGCUGGAGCUCUUUGUCAGAUCACACACUGUUGUGGAGAAUGAGACAGCAGGAUGCCUUUUCUUCUAGGCCUGAGACAGGAUAAGGAAAUCUGCAUCGGAGUCAACAAUCAGAGUUACAUAUGUGAAACGGGUCACUGCUGUGGACAAUCUCAGUGCUGCAACUACUAUUAUGAACUGUGGUGGUUUUGGCUGGUGUGGACAAUAAUCAUCAUACUCAGCUGUUGCUGUGUAUGCCACCAUCGGCGAGCUAAGCACAGGCUCCAAGCACAGCAGCGGCAGCACGAGAUUAACCUUAUAGCUUAUCGUGAAGCUCACAGCUACUCUUCUGUGCCAUUUUACUUUCGAUUUUUGCCAAAUUAUUUGCUACCUCCUUAUGAAGAAGUGGUCAACAGACCUCCUACCCCACCUCCACCAUACACUGUUCUACACCAACAGUGCGUCACAGCAUGUUCAAGUUCAGGAAUGGCUGAGGCCGUACGAAACGCCCAGAACAGCCAAACAAGCUCUCCAGCUGCAGCAAGUUGUAGUGGCACAAGACCACCCAGCAUUGUGGACUGUGAACCUUCUACAACAUGUUUGGAAAGAGUAGCAAACAAGCCAAAUGGCCAUGCUUCCAAUGAUCCUGCCUAUGGUGCAGAGUUAGAUGAGAUGGCCGACCAAGUGUCCUUUUUAGACAAGGACUCUAAAGAACUCUUGAAGGACUAUAGCUCUGACAGCUUUGAUGGCAAAGACAAAACUCCUGGGAGACACCGGAGGUUCACUGGUGACUCAGGAAUUGAAGUUUGUCUGUGCAAUAGAGGCCAUCAUGAUGACUUUAAAGAACUUGAUGACUUAAUUGAUGACACAGGGGAAAACUUCUGUGACACUUGCAAUUCUUGUGAUGCUCGUCCCCACAGGGACGAAGAAGAAGGGAUUUUUGAUCAGUGUGAUAGUAACGACCAUCCGCCUUUGCCACGUCAGCCUUUGAGCUUGCUAAACACAAUUAAUCAACAAGACUCACCAAAUUCUCAUAACAGUAGCAGUUCCCGUGGCUAAAACAAAAUGUCCCUUUAAGACAGAAGGACACAAAUAAGUGACUGUUCCACCAGUUUGUUUUUUUGAGUUUUUAUUUCUUAUUUUUCAUUGCCCUGUGCAUUAAAAGACUUGGAAAUGUUCUACCAAAGCUGCAGUAAGGAAACAUGCCCGGUGCUUUACUAAUGCCUUUGUUUUUUUUCAGAUGGGGCUUUGGUAAUGAUCGUUUUGGUGAUGGAAGACUAGUACAAUAAGAGUAGAUGCUGAAGCUUAAAGUGUUCAGUAUGAGAAAUGUCUGGACUUAAUUAACGUAAUAAUGUUAGAUAAGCAAAAGGUCAUCUCCCGGUUCCAUCGCUCGUAAUGCAGGUUAUUAUAAGAAGAAAUCAACUCGAUAAAUGAUUCCUCUAUUGGAGUGAGUGCAGCCAAUAACGUCCAGAUUAAACAAUGCAAAUGGAGCUUCAUAAACUGGAAGAGUUGUGGCAAGGACAGAAGACAUGCGCAGUAUUGUGAUGAAAGUAUGAGAACAAAUAUAAAGCCAGAGGCGCAGUGGGUACAUCAGUGUUUUUGUAGCAUGGGGGAAGGGUGUUUACUUGCACACACUAUUAAUUCCAAGUAACCCUAAUUAGAUAGCUUCUACGAAGAGAUGACACCUCUGUUACAUAGUGGUAUUCCACAUAUACACGUUUCACCUCAAGUAGGUAGUGUUUAGUUAUUGUAGGACAUUGGUCGAUUUCUAGCCUUAAAUAUAAGCUUUUGUCCCUCAAAAAACCUACAAGUUUUUGUUUUUUUUCUUGAAUGGACAUCACAAUAAAAUCCAAAGCAGCUGGUCUGCUAAGAACCUAUUAUGGUUGCCUCUCCAUCCACUCAUUGGUGCUCUCUGUAGCGCACAUAGAUUAUUGCAUGGUUUAGAAGUCACAACGAUAAUGAUCCAGCACUGGUUCUUUCUUAAAGUGGACUUGGUUUGAUGAUACACCCGGUAUAACACCAGCUCUCCAUCCAUUGUCAAAGAUGAGCACAGCAAGCAGUGUUUUCUCUUACGUAAAAGCCGAUGCAAUUUUUACAUUGACCACUAAAGACUGAUGGUAAAAAAUAUGUUGUUGUGUGGUUCAUUAUGGAAACGCAUGCCUAUGUGAGUAUGUAUUCCAUGCUGUAAGGUUAAGAUGUUACUGCUACAAUAAGGACGCAUGUACGUUUUUUAGACCAUUUGGUUUUGUUGAACAUUCCCUUUCGAUUCCUCAGGAGAUGGGAAUUUUCGUUAUAAAAUGUACAAGAGGGGGUCUAUAUGCAUAAAGAAUGUCACCGGUCCACAAACGUUACUGUUGGCCGACACCAUUAAGAAGGUUGAAUGUUACAAAUUGCCUCAUGGAAAGUGCAAGUUUUUUUUCUUAUUUUCUAUCUUGAGCAAUGCUCUGUGCUUAGGGAAACUUUUUAAUUUUACAUUAUUUUGUAAUGUGCACUUCUAAAAUUUGCAUUGAAAUAUCUGUGGCAACAUGGAUUGACAUUGACAACUUUCUUCCACUGGAUUUCAUCAUUUUGUUGGACAAUAAAAUGAGACUUUUGAGA